AUGAGUCUGGUAAUUUCUCACCAGCGCUGAGGACAAGUUUGUUCAGGUAAUCGCUGCAGUCUGAGCUGCUUAGGCUGUUGAUAGGAUCAGUCUGAGCAACCUCUGUAAAGAUCUAGCGAAGGAGCUGUCAGCCUUAUAUUUACAGUGACGUUGGCAGGUUUUUUAAAAUGUUGGCAGGCCUUAGAGUAGCCAUGUCGUAAAUACUUUUACUUUGACUAUGUUAGAAUUCACUAACAUUACGACCCUGCUCCUGAUAUUAGAAACAUCCAAAACAACAUCACAACCUGGUAAAUUGAGUGAAAUUCAUGGACAUUUCAGCAAGUGUUUUUCUGAUCUGUGAUGCAAUGAAAGACAAAGCAAUUUUUCAAUGAAAUAACAUUUUAUUGAAAAUGUGUCAGGGAGAAUUUGCAAACAAUACAGCGUCUUCAUUAAUAUCAGUUCACUCCAAAGCACGCUUUUGCACCCUGGUUGCGCGUACACCUAGUAUUGUUUGUACGCAAGAAACCCCUCUAUAAUAUAUCUACCAAUUUUCAGUAUCUGAGCUGAAAUCACAAAGCCUUUUGUGGCAGCAUUUUACCCAGGCAAAAAUUUUUCUGUCUACAAUUUGUUAUGGUUCUCAGUUGUUCUUUUACAUUUCAGCCAUCAGCCAACAAGCUUUCUCAGAAAUACUAUCAGCAUUGUUUAAAAACUGAUAUUGGGCCCAAUAGGACUCUGCCUCCUGUCAUUGUACAAAUUUGAAACCAAAUUGCUUUCAGUAUUUCAGGGAUUUCUUUCAUUAGCUCAAACAGCGUAUCCCCUGGAUGAUCUACGCAAUCUUUGUACGCCCAUAGGCUGUAUCAGAUGAACACCUAAUAACUUUUAAAAAUUGAGCUGCACAGAGAAAAAAAGGAUUUGAGCACAAACCUGUCCUACAGUAACUACAUGUCAACAUCGCAACCAGGGCAGAGAAAAAAAUUACAUUCUGUCAUACUUCUACAAUCAAUUUCUAAAGUUUGUCCACAGCUCCAUUUAUUUUGCAGGAGGAGGUGGGAUUUAUGACCUAUACUGCAACCAGUCACCGGGGGUGCUGUUUUUUUUUUUAGUUUUCACCCAGCGAGGAGGCAGAUGACUUCCAUUCUAUAUACAGUCAAUGAUACACACACCUCGUUCCACCCCUCCAGAGGUUUUUCUCCCAGUGUUGCUGCCUGAGUCCCAGAAAAUCUUGACAUGCUCCUUACAAUAAGUAACAUUGUUUGGAACUCACAUGAUAUAUGAAGUACACAACUGUUGAAACCAUAUAUCUUCCGUCUGAAUUAGACUAAAAAAAGUUAGUUAUAGGAUACAAAUAGAUCUGCAUCACAUAUUGAUAUUGUUUUUCCAUCUUUGCCUUUACGACCCACCAGGUGGUGUGCAUCAACAACAUUAACUUCCAGAGAAAAUCCGUCAUUGUGAGUACAGCAUUCCAAGAGAAGUCUCUCUGGGUGUUAUUCAUUCUGUUGAUGCAAGGCAGCUAAUGCUAAUCCAAGUAUUAUCCCUGAGGUACUAAAAUGGCUUUACCUUCUCCAUUAUGGUCACACUCUUCUCUCUUUUUUACACUGCCCCCUUAGUCAUGAAUAAAUACUUACUGUACCUCGAGGGAAUGAAAGAAUACUUUACUGAAACUGGUUUAGUCAUGAAUUUAUUGAUUUAUUAUUUGCAUUUACUAGAUGUUUUGCAUUUAUGCAAUUAUGCAAAUCUGAAUAUCCAUGAAAAAGUUCAUUUUUUGAUCCCACAGUUAAAUUUGAAUAAUAACGCAUCCAUAUAAUAUAGAAUCAUCAUACACAAAGUGAUAAAUUUACAGACUGUUUUUGUUUGAAUCUUGGUGAUUCCAGCUCACGGUUCAUGAAAAUCAAAAUUCCGCUGUCUCAAAACAUCAGAAUAUUUAAAACGCCAAAUUAAAAAAAAAGGGGAAAACAACAGAAAAAAAGGAUUUAUUCACAAACGUGUGGACCUUCUGAAAAUUCUCUUCAUUUCUGCUCUCAGUUCUUGGUCAAGGCUCCUUUUGAAUUCCUGCAUCAGUGUUUCAGGUCUUGUAAUCAAUCAGUCUGUGUCUCUGCUGGGGCCUUAUUGAAGUCCAGGUCUCUGAUAGCUCCUUCAGCUCGUCUGUAGUCAAUCAAUAUUUAUUUAUGUAGCAACAAAUCACAACAAUCUUUAUCCCAAGACACUUUCCAAAAGAGCAGGUCUAGACAAAACUCAUGAACCAACCUUAAUAUGGGAAGAGAUUUAACCCAUCUGGAAUCAACAACUGGAAGCAGUUUGCAAGUUACGGUGGCAAGGAACAACUUCACUUUAACAGGCAGAAACCUUAAGCAGAACUGGACUCAUGUUGGACAACUACCUGCUACCACUGGGUUGAGGAAGAGAGGGGAUAGACGGAAAUACAGAGAGAGAGUGAGAGAGAGAGACCGGGGACAGCAACAACAACAACAACAGAAGCUCAUACAGAGUCCUGGUUACAGAGCUAAUAAUACUGGAAGAAGAUGAGGUCAGUUUACAGGAUCAGAAAAUGAGUAAUAACAGACUAUGUUAAAUUAAUUGAUGCUCUGGUGUCUCUCAUCUUUCUCUUGAUGAUAAUCCAGAGAUUCUCUAUGGGGUUCAGGUCAGACCUGCUGGCUGACAAUCAAGCACAGCAGCACCGUGGUCAGCAGACCAGUUUCUGGUAGUUUUGGUGCUGUGGGCAGGUACCGGGUCCUGCUGAAAAAAGGAAAUCUGGAUCUCCAUAGAGCUUCUCAGCAGAUGAAACAUGAUGGUCUCUGAAAUCUCUUGGUGGACUUUAGGCUGUGUUGACUCUAGACUCGAUAAAACACAAUGGACCAGCAGCAUCAGGAAACUUCUAGCACCUUGGAUUCUGGGCCUCUCUGAUCUUCCUCUAAACACGGGACCUUGUUUUCCAAAUGAGAUACUAAAUAGACUUUCAUCUGAAAACAGGACUUUGGACCACUGAGCAACAGUCCAGUUCGUUAUCUUGUACCACAACACUUGUAGUCCAUUUGUGAAGCUCCUUUAAGUUCUUGAAUCUCCUUUCUUUGUCGGUCCCUCCAGGCUGCUCUCAUCCCUGUUUCUUGGUCUCCUUUUCCUCCCUCACUUUUCUUUUCAGUCAGCUUUCCAUGGAUCUGCUUCACACAGACUUUGGGAUAAGCCAGACUUUACAGCAGGGACCUUCUGGUGCUGACCCUCCUUGUGGAGGGGGUCAGUGAUGGUCCUCUGGACGACUAUCAGUCAGCAGUCUGAACCAUAGUUGUGGUUGUGUGUAUUGAACCAGAGUGAGAGAAUAAAGGUCCAGUAAACCUUUCGCAGGUGUUCAGAGUUCAUCAGCUGAUUAGAGAUCUUUUCAGGACAGAAAGAAUGAACAACAAACUGGACUUUUACACCAUAUUCUGAUGUUUUCAGUGAGGGGAUUGUUGAUUUUCAUAAGCUGUGAGCCGUAAUAAUCAAGAUUCAAACAAAAAGAAGCUGUAAGUUUUCCACUUGAUGUGAUGAAGUUUCACUUUUUGAAUCUAACUUUUUUUGGGGAAUGUUCUCCUUUUUAAAGCUGCACUCUGUUGAGCUGCUCUUCAUUUUCUGCCCUGUUUUCAUCUUUCAGGGUUAUGUUGAGCUGACCAUUUUCCCAACAGUGGUCAACCUGAACAGGAUCAAACUCAACAGUAAACAGUGUCGAAUUUAUAGAGUCCGUGUCAAUGAACUGGAAGCCCCAUUUAUUUACAAUGACCCCACUCUGGAGGUGUGUCACCAUGAGUCAAAGCAGUGGGUAUCACACUAUCUUUCUUUUCCCAUAUAUCUCUAUUAUCAGGACUUAUAAAACCACAGCCUAUUAAUUUUGCCAUAGACUGCUGUUGUUAAAUUAUAUCCUUGAUUUUUUUUGCAUUAAACCUACCAGAAUGAUGUCUGUUCUUCUUGAAAAUAGUAAAUGGUUUUACAGUAAAUCAACAUUAAGUAACUGGUGUUGCUAAUGACAAAUUUUGCUGUAUCAACUGCUUUGUAGUUCUACAACCAAACCACAUACCCAGAAGUGAGCCAUUGAGCUAAAUUGAUUUAAAGAUAUGAAUUGAAUAGAAUAAUGAAGUUCAACAUAAAAUCUUAAUACUUUUGAAAAGCCCUUGCUAAAGCAUUGCAAGUGUUUUCAUUUAUUUAAAAGGUUACCUGACAAAAAAUAAUCAUAUCAUUUUCUUUCUGGAUCCCAAAAUGACCAUAUAUUUCUUUUCUGUCUUUGUAGGAGGAACCUGAAUUAUUUCUCCAGUGCUUACACUGCUGCAGUGAGUGCUGUGGACCCAGAUGCAGGACAUGGGGAACUGGUCAUCAAAGUUCCCUCUGAACUCUGGAAACAGGGAGAUGGUAAGAGUAUGGGAUGAAGAGCUCCUAACAAUAAAAAAAGGUUUUAUGGAGCCUUUACUAUACAAACAUAUCAAAUCUGAAGACAUUAGCUGUAUACAAAAAACGGAAAAGUUUUAUUGUCUUUGAUAAGUUUGAUAAAAAAAUGUAGUAGGAGGGCUGAUGAACCUGUUUUUUUUUUUUCGUGUCACCAGAUUUAAAAGUCCUGAAGGUUUACAUCGAGUUUUCUCUGGACCAGCCCAAAGGAGGUCUUCACUUUGUUGUUCCCGAUGUUGAAGGCAGCAUGGCAGAGAGAGGGGCUCAUGUGUUCUCCUUUGGAUACCAAAACUCCACCAGGUCCACAAACAGUAACACACUUUGCUUCAAAGUACAGAGCACCUACAACAAACAUGUUGCAUGAAACAUUACAGAGUGUCUAUUUUCAGUAUAGCUACACUUGGCAGGACUUGUGGGGCCGUGUAAACCAUGAAUAUCCCAUCCCUACUCAGAACCAGGGCUGUAUAUUUUUGUAUCUUUUGUUUUUGUUUCAACCUCCUCUCCUUACAACACAUCUCUGCAGAAUGAAAUAAUUAGCUCCAUGGUGCUGAUUCAUAAUCUGAGCUUUUUAUUCAUAGUGCUAAUAAUGAAGUAAAAUAUAAUUAAAUUCUAUGGAAAUCAUGUAUUUAGAUGUAUUUGUGCUUUUAUACAGUUUCACUUCCCACUUUGCGCAAGACCCUAAGGUUAUAAAAGUUAUGUACUUUAUAUUCAGGCAUAUUAUAUUUAAUUUGUGUUUAGAUAUAUACAAAUGUUAUUCUAAUAUAUUUAAAUGAGAGGUUGAGAAUAUCGAAAUUCAAUUUCUUCGAAUUAUUAUUGCUGUAUUUAUACUGUAAUGGUCUUAAAUCGUGUGAAUAUGAAUGUACAUUGCAUAGUUUUAGUAAAAUAACAGUCUAUGACUCAUUGCCUCUAGAAACGUAAGAAAAACACUGCAACUCACUUGACAUUAAAAUGAUACAUAUGUCUCUUGCGCACUUUGCCCAUGACUAAAGAAAAAUAUUGGAACAAAAAGAAGCCUGACAUACUUUUCCCCCUCAGCAAACUGUGUGUGGUUAGCUAGCGGCUAUAACUUAUGAGCGGGUUGUGCAGAGUCAGACCACCGGACCAUCAGUUGGAUGUAGGAUUUGAUAUCAGUGGUUUGACUACUCCCUCUGGUCUUCGGUUUCUGGCAUUGACCGUCUCUAGCAGCUUUGCAGCACUUAGUUACAGGGCAGAUCUGAGCACGUUUGGGCAGUGAGGGCACAUCUACAUGGAUCAUGUGAUCGCCUAAGGGUAGAUCUGACUUACUAUAAUCUUGUUUUAUUUAUGAUUUUUGGGUCACUUGGACAGACCUUCACACACACACGUACAUCACACUGUGAGUUUGCACGAGUUCAAUUUGCAUGUCUAACAUGGCCACAGCCUUUCCUCACUUCAUGUCCAACUGUCCCCCUCACUGCCUGUUUUUAAAUCAAAUUUGAAAACGCACUUUUACUCCCUGGCUUUUAACUCCUGAGAACUUGGCUUUUUAAUCAUGUUUUUACUGAAUCAUCUAUGUCCCCCCGUUUUUAAUGUGUUCCUGUGUCUUGUUUUAUUGUUCAUGUUAAUUGUCUGGCUCUUUUUACUUUGUUUUUAAUUUUACUGUACAGCACUUUGGUCAGCGCUGUUUUUAAAUGUGCUAUAUAAAUAAACCUGGAUUGGAUUGGAAGUAGCAGAAAUGACCCAAUUAACUCUCAAAGUGGCUUUUUCAGUGUAUGAAGGGGCCAGAGUCUGCACAUUAGUUUGUGUGUGUGUGCGCUCUAUACUCAUCAGUAUGUCUCCUCUACAGAUUUUGGUUCCCCUGUGUGGACUCUUACUCAGAGCUGUGUACGUGGAAACUUGAGUUCACUGUGGAUGCAUCCAUGGUGGCGGUAUCCUGUGGUGAUCUGGUGGAGACCAUCUAUACCCAUGACAUGAGGAAGAAGACUUUCCACUACGUUCUCCCCAUCCCCACUGCAGCUCCAAAUAUCUCUCUGGCUGUGGGGCCCUUUGAGAUUCUUGUAGAUCCCUACAUGCAUGAGGUUGGUUUGUUUUAUAGAAAAUCAAGGCUUUGAAGGAACUCAACUCUGGGGUCUUUAGUCAAAGUCACCCUCACUAUGAAGCCCUGGCAGGGGUGAUUGAUCCCCCUUAAGUGUCGUUGGCCAUUGCCAGGCCUUUUUGCAGCAUCCUAAAUGCACUUGGUUGCUUUCUUGCACUACAGUUAUACCCAGGAGUUUUUGAUUUUGCAGUGGUGAAUGACCAGAAACGUGAAGCCACUGUCAGGGCCCAAAGAAAGCAGAGGGUUGAUGCCAACCAACUCAUUUUAUAGCCCCAAUUGUGUACUGUAAAAAAAGGUUGGCACUGAUCUUUUUUUGGGUUGGAUAAUAAUCAGCAAAUACAGUGUCUGUCCUUGUACUUUCUACAAAUGGCCACAAGAUGUCUCUAAAAUAACUACAAUAAUUUCAUCUUCAGAGGGUGAAACAGUCCCAAUUACAUGAACAGUAAUCAAGCAUUGUUAAUUAACAUGUCGAAGAUACAAUGCUGAAAUAUGCUGCUGAUUAAAUAACACUGAUCUUAUACUUUUAUUUCUCUCUUUUCAGGUGACUCAUUUCUGUUUGCCACAGCUGCUCCCACUGCUAAAACACUCCAUGUCUUACCUCCAUGAGAUAUUUGAGUUCUAUGAGGAGAUCCUGACCUGCCGAUAUCCCUAUUCCUGCUUUAAGACUGUGUUUGUGGAUGAGGCUUAUGUACAAGUAUCUUCAUAUGCUUCCAUGAGCAUCUUCAGGUAAGGGAUAAGUUAAGUUUGUGGGAGGAAGCAGUAUUAGAUGGUUAAAGUCAUACUCCAAUCGUAUUUUUGUAUUAUUUAAAGUGAUCUCAGUGGUCUUUUAAUUGUGAUUAUGAAGUUUUUAGCCAAAAACUUCAUAAUCACAGUUGAUUGUAAUUAAUUAAUACUUUUAAUUGUGAUUAUAAACUUUUUAGCCAAAAUCAUGUUACCUGUGUCAUUUUCAAGGGCUUUUCUACUGCAGAGCUCCAGUAGCUCAUUAGCAGUGUUGUUUUCGUCAACCAUGAUAUUUUCGUCAACGAAAACAAAACUGCACGUGUGCGCGUGCGCCCGCGUGUGCGUGUGUCCGUGUGUUGGAGGAGCACAGCAGGCUAAUGAGAGCUGUCAGAGCGGACUGAAGCUGCUCCUAUAUGUUUAGUGUUUAACUGACUGAAUUUUGCAACUCUGUUCGUUGUUUUCGUCUCGUCUCGUCCCGUCAACGUAAACGUACUUUCGUCUCGUCACAUUUUAGUCAUCUCCGACUCAUGUUUAGCUCGUCAAUGUUACGUCUUCGUCGUGGAAGAAAAGGGAAAUAUUUUCGUCAACGAAAACAACCAGUGUUGUUCUCGUUGACGAAAAUAUUUCCCUUUUCUGACUCUGACGUUGACGAAAAUAUUUGACGAAAUAUGACGAAAACAACACUGCUCAUUAGCAAUUUGCCUCUGAGUCGUGGGUGGAGACAGCGCUGCUCUGCACACCCCUCUUCAUGCUAGCUUGUUGCGUAAUACUGCCGGUGCAGCAGUGGCAGGAAACAUAGGAGCUAUUCAGCUCUCGGACAUGAAUGUGUUUGGGGGCAUGAUGAAAGCUAACAUAAUUAGCUUUCUUAUGAGCAUUGCAAUGCGCUAAUGCACACACUUGUUCUGCGAUCAUCAUCUCUGCUUCCCCGAGGCUAGCCCGCAGAGCGGGUGCUGGGGGCGGAGCUUGCAGUUGUGACAUAGGAAAUCUCACUGUAUCUGAACCUGCUGUUUGGGUCUGCCAGAGAUUCACAGAGAUCUUAGUGCAGAAAUACUCAGAAAUGCAAUUUUGCUCUUAGUUUUCUCAUGAUAUGUCCUGUAGCUUCAGAAAAAUGCCAUAUGAACAUGUAUACAACAAGAAAAACAGAAAUUUCAUUUGAGUGGGUCUUAAAAUAUUCUAUUAAUUUUGAAUGAAAGUACAGUAAGUGCAUCUAACAUUUCUGCUACUUCUGCUGUUGUUUUUCAGCAUAGAAAUAAUACAAAUACAACAUACAUUGGACCGCAAUGGUGGCUUGAUCAUUUCUCACUCGCUGACUUCUCCUCCAUCCGCCAUGCUGUGUUUUGUUGACUGUUGGGAUGCUGAAUCGAGUAACGUUUAACAUCUUGAUUAUUAAAAGCGAAAAAAACCCACAUCCAUGUACAGUCUUCAGGCUUAAAUCUAUUGGGUUAUUUCCUAGUAUCACCACAACCGAUUUAUUACAUUUUAAAAUGGUGUUAGAUCGAUAUAUGUCGUCAGGGAGGCCAGCUUGCCGAGCACAGUCAAUGUAGUUGGAUCAUAAGAAUAGAAAUCGAUACAUCGAUGUUGUAGAUGAAUCAUUACACCCCUCGUUAAAACAUAUAUAAUUAUUCCACUAUUUAAUUAUUUUUUUCAUGGACCUGUGUUGUAGUUCUUCAUUAAUUUAUUUAAAUCUGUCAAACUCAUCCAUCAAAGUCGGUAGGCGGGACUAAUGCUGAGCUAGUGUGAUCCAUUACUUUGGUCUGAAGCCUUAAGUCUUUCAAAACAUAGCGUCUAUGGAGGAUAUGCUCUAACUUUCUUCAGGAGGUGGUUAUAGAUAUUUUAGACCUUGCAGAGUGUGUGGAAGCCUUCGUCCACCAGCUCUUAGUCUGCACCAAAGUUCACAAAGGUAGAAGCCAGUGAGUUUGAGCAGGCACACGUGCCUGUGUGCUGUGCACAUGUAGGCCUAUCUCUCUUCCUCUUUUGUUGCAGAUUAUUGUGUGUGGGUGUGGGUGUGUGCGUGCAUGGAUAAAAAACCAGCACUUAGAAUGGAACAAAACAUUUCUGCUUAUCUCUGGUGCAUUUUGAGCUGGUAUUAUGCUCUGUUCAUUGGUACUGUCCUGUCUCAAUAAACAGGACAUAUGCAUUUAGAGUGAGGCUCUGCAGUGUCGCUUUUAAUUGUACUCAACACUGGGGUGAAAUUUUUGAAGUUAUUCCUGCACUCUCCGACUAAGAUACUGACAAUAGAGUGGCUGCAUCAAUUUUAAUAAUAAUUAAUUAUUAUUAUUAAUGCUCAGAUGAUGUCCGCACAAAUCACAUUACUAGCAGGUUCCUGAGUAUACAGUACAUUGACACGAUAUAUUGCUACUGCUAUAGAAUAUUAGUUUCUUGAUUUCUGGUAAAUUUUGAACACAUCUGGUUAUAUAUCUGUUUGUUAUGAAGGCUUUAAAACGGAAUUUGCUUAAAAAAAAUUAUAAAUAAGUCACAUGCAUGUAUUGUCUCUUAAACAGUUUUAGACACAGGGGAAAAAUUGGAGUUGCUACCCCGAAAAAAUGUCACCUUCAGAGCCAGCAUUACUUUGUAUCUGAUUGUCCUCCAGCUAUUUCCAGCAUUUUGGUGUCAUAAUACAAAAUGUUUAAGAUGAGUAGUUUUCUUCCUUGCUUGUAAAGAGAAAGAAAGUGUUGAAUGUUUUAUGUUUUAAAGUGACACAGCACAGACAGGAUAGAGAGUCUGUGGAAGAAUUUCUGAUUGUUAAUUAAAAAGGGAAAACAUGAAAAGCAGCAUAUUACCGACAGUGUGACAUUUUUUUAAAAUAUCUGCAGAUGAAAUUUUGAAUAAUGUCAUUGGUGACAACAAAGACGCCUUUACAAAGGUUAAAAUCAGGAUGGGUAUUGCCAGUUUCCCCAAAGAAAUGAAACAGCCCUGUUGUAUCAUGAACCAGCAGGGUUGAUUUGUUUCCAUUAUUAUUAUUUCUUCCUAUUUACUAAAUCCCUUGGUUGUAACUAACAGGCAAACUGUUUUCCUGGCUGCCCUGUCCUGCCCCAUCUAGCACCUUGCUCCAGACUAAACCAACACUCCUGUGCUCUGAGAAAGACACUGGACACAGCCUUUUCUGUCUGUGUAGCAUGAGAACUGACUGAGGAAAAUGCUAGUGGGCUAACAUAAACCCAUAACUACAGUGCCUUGAAAAAGUAUUCAUACCCCUUGAACUUUUUCACAUUUUGUCACUCUACAACCACAAACUUAAAAGUAUUUUAUUGAGAUUUUUUGUCAUAGACCAACACAAAGUAGCACAUAAUUGUGAAGUGGAAUGAAAAUGAUACAUGGUUUUCAAAAAUUUAAACAAAUAAAAAUCUGAAAAGUGUGGUGUGCAUUUGUAUUCAGCCCCCUGUACUCUGAUACCCCUAAAUAAAAUUCAGUGCAAUCAAUUGCCUUCAGAGGUCACCUAGUUAGUUAAUAGAGUCCACCUGUGUGUAAUUUAGUAUCAGCAUAAAUACAACUGUUCUGUGAAGGCCUCAAUGCUUUGUUAGCGAACACUAGUCAACAAAGAGCAUCAGGAAGACCAAGGAACUCACCAGACAGGUCAGGGAAAAAGUUGUGGAGAAGUUUAAAGCAAGGUUAGGUUAAAAACAAAUAUCCAAAGCUUUGAACAUCUCAAGGAGCACUGUUCAAUCCAUCAUCCAAAAAUAGAAGAAGUAUGCUACAACUGCUAACCUACCAAGACAUGGCCCCCCACCUAAACUGACAGAUCGAGCAAAGAGAGCACCGGUGAGAGAAGCAGCCAAAAGGCCCAUGGUCACUCUGGAGGAGCUGCAGAAAUCCACAGCUCAGGUGGGAGAAUCUGUCCACAGGACAACUAUAAAUUGUGUACUCUACAAAUCUGGCCUUUGUGAAAGAGUGGCAAGAAGAAAGCCAUUGUUGACAGAAAGACAUAAAAAGUCCUGUUUGCAGUUUGCCACAAGCCAUGUAGGGGACACAGCAAUCAUGUGGAAGAAGGUGCUCUGGUCAGAUGAGACCAAAGUUGUACUUUUUGGCCUGAAUGCAAAGCUCUUUGUGUGGUCGGAAAGGUAACACUGCUCAUCACCCUGAACACACCACCCCCACUGUAAAACAUGGUGGUAGCAGCCUCAUGCUGUGGGGAUGCUUUUCUUCAGCAGGAACAGGUUGAUGGGAGGAUGGAUGGAGCUAAAUACAGGGCAAUCCUGGAAGAAAACCUGUUGGAGGCUGCAAAAGACUUGAGACUGGGAAAGAGAUUCACCUUCCAGCAAGACAAUGACCCUAAACACACAGCCAGAGCUACAAUGGAAUGGUUUAGAUCAAAGAAUAUUCAUGUGUUAGAAUGGCCAAGUCAAAGUCCAGACCUGAAUCCCAUCAAGCAUCUGUGGCAAGACUUGAAAAUUGCAUUGCACAGACGCUCUCCAUCCAAUCUGGCUGAGCUUGAGCUAUUUUGCAAAGAAGAAUGGGCAAAAAAUGUCAGUUUCUAAAUGUGCAAACUUGCAAUGAAAGGUGGCUCUACAAAGUAUUGACACAGGGGGGGUGAAUACAAAUGUACACCACACUUUUCAAAAUUUUAUUUGUUUAAAUUUUUGAAAACCAUGUAUCAUUUUCGUUCCACUGCACAAUUAUGUGCUACUUUGUGUUGGUCUAUGACAAAAAAUCUCAAUAAAAUACUUUCAAGUUUGUGGUUGUAGAGAGACAAAAUGUGAAAAAGUUCAAGGGGUAUGAAUACUUUUUCAAGGCACUGUACCUCAUUGUCUCUAUUGCUAAAACAAGGAAAUAUUGGCAUUUUUAGGUAAGGAUAGGAGACUUUUAGUUGCUAAAGAUUUUCAGUAUUAUUAUACCAGGAAAUUCUCAAUUGUAGCAGAUUGUGUUAAGUAUUGAUCCACUGUUUAAGCUCCACCCUGUUUCAGCUUCAGUUGUCUGCUCUUAUUUUCAGCACCAACCUGCUUCACAGUGCCAUGAUUAUAGACCAGACCCCCCAAACACGCCGCUGCCUGGCCCAGGCUUUGGCUCAGCAGUUCUUCGGCUGUUUCAUCUCCAGGAUGUCAUGGUAAGAGACAGGGAAUUUAACCUCACCUAUGUCAGGCUGUACACAGUAGGAAAGAUGUCUGAAGAGGUCAAACUUCAGCUACUUUUGUAUGAACAAUCAACAAAACUGUGCUCUUUGCUUCAUACCUGGCUGGAGCUGUAACCUCUUCACAGGUUACGUUAAGGUGUUCAGCAUGUUAUCAUGAUGGUUCACCCUGGAAAAAAGUGAAACACCUCUGCAAAAAUCUGAACCCUGAUUUAACCCCAACUCUACUUUAGUAACUUCAAAUCCUGCCUCGUAGUCCCAGAUCCCAGAUCCGUGGACUGAUAUCCCAAGAACAAGAUUCAUCAGUGAGGCCCAUCAUUGUCCACAAUAAUUUCCUUGCUACUCAGAUGAACAUCAACCAAGAAACAGCUGUAAAAUAAUAAUGCUAAAGCAAAAACAAAUCUGAAUCUUAGAGUCUUCAGACAUAAUUAGAGUCUCAGUUCUUCAACAUGCACAAGCCAGCUCAGAGAUGAGCCCUGGCAUAAAGAGCUCAGUGUGCUUGUGAACAGGCACAUAGGAAGUUUUUUCAAGUUUAUCAAUCACGCCUGCUCUAAACAGGAACUGGUCAGGUCUGUGGAGUGUUUGAACUUCUCUGUCAAGCCUUUAUUCUUCACAACGUGACCUCUGUCUCUUUCAUGAGUGCGGCUGACUGUAACACUGUGGAGGCCUUAUCUCUGUCUGUGUGUUUCAUUAUGUGUUGCCCUUCUCUAUGACAGCUGCCCACCUUUGAUGGUGACCUUCUGAAACAGGAACAGAUCAUUCAGCCUGUAGAUGUGGCUUCUGUCAACUUGUUUGUCUAACACUGAAAGAAAGAAUGACUUAAGGGAGCCUUGUAAGCCAGAUAUAUGUGAAUGGAAAAGUACUGACAUUAGUGUUUUGAUUCACAUCAGGUACAAACCACUAAAGAUAGAGGCCAGCAAUUGUCUCCACUGCAAUCUGGUCUUUUUGAAAAGUGUGGUAACAUUUAGCCCUCAGAUGUUUUCAUAUAUGGAAGGUGAUGAGAGAUAUACAGCAGAGCUAAGCUGUUUUGUCAGAACUUGGAGUCAAAAGUUGGGCCAGCGCUGACCUAAAAGACAUGAUGCCUCACUAUGCUACUGCCUGGCAACUUACAGACUGUGGUUGGAGUGCAUGAUAGAUUAAGGGAAUAAUUUAGGAGAGUUUGCUUGUGCAAAGAAGCCCAUCAACGAGACUUUAAAGAAGAGUCCUGGUAGUUUAAAGAUGGGCCAAAGAGGCAGAUAAUUAAUAUACUGUUUACAAACGACUAACACUUAUCAAAAUGUUUGAAGUUGCUCCAGUUUUUCUCUAGAUUUGUGCUGCUCAGGUAUGUGGGAAUUAAUAAAAUGUACUGAUUUCAUAAUUUUGUCUAAAAAAUCUGCCAAGACAUCUUCCACAGAAUUACAGCUGCAUGGCUGCAGGAUUGCUCUGCUUUUGCAGUACAUGAGCAGCUGUGUGUAUUUCACCUGGAGCUGACACUAAAACCCAGGCACAGUGAUGUGGGACAUUAAAGCUCUGACUAGGCUUUACAUCUGCUUUGAAGUUUAUAUGAUUGUGUCAAACCUCUGUUAACGAAAUGUGACUGACCUUGAAGCUAUGAAGGAGCUGACAAGUCAGCCACCCCGUCUACGGCAACAGCGAUAACAAAGCAGCUAAAUGCUAGUAUACAUUAGGGACGGGGGAAACGGGCUAAAAAAAUUAUCACGAUAAGAUUUUCCAUUCUGACGAUAAAGAUAAAAGUCCCUAUUAAAAAUUUUAUAAUUCCAAUCUAUAUUUUUGACUCAUUUUGUCUUGAGAACACCAGUUGGAAAGUCAAAUAACAUACUUAACCACAACUUUAAAUGGUAGGUUAUGGAGAAAACUAAUGACCCCAAUGUGAAAACAUUUUCAACAAACGUUGAAAACUCUUAUUGCACAGAGUGACCAGUAGCAGCAGAUCCUCUGUCCUGAUGGCACUCAUCUAAACCACAAUCUUGAAGAAAAUCCCUCAUGCAGAGCCUCAUUCAGUGAGGCGGUGCUCAGAAACGUCUUCUGCAUUACCUUUGGCCAUGUUUGUUAUUCUGCUCUGUGUGCGCUAUGGCUGAGACUCCAUCGCUCGCACUUAUGUCAUCAACUUGCAUUUAUUGUAUUUAUCGUGAGAUGGCAAAUAUUUAUCAUGGAGGAUUUUCUCUGAUGAUUUAUCGUGAACAGUAAUUUAUCGCCCAUCCCCAGUAUGCAUUAUACAAAGCCAUUUCUUGAUAUCGUCCUCAAACCCGUCGAUAAAGGAGGGCAGGGGAAUGAUAACAUAAUGUUAUUACAUUGUUUUUCAUCCUCGAUGGCUUUAAUAAUCGCAAUUAGCAUUCGGAUACUAUGGAAAAUGCCGGCUCUGUGUCCGGUAACAGAGGACACGCCCAUAAUUCGUGCAAGGCACCAUGGGACACCAUGGGACACACACACACACACACACACACACACACACACACACACACAUAAAUAUAUAUAUACUACAGGCCAAAGGUUUGAAAGCAAGAUCAGAUUUGUACAAAAAAAGAUCAUAGUUUCAUAUAUACAAUUUGCAACACAAUAAACAUGACUAUUGUGUAAAGAGUAACUUAUCAGAAGACAUUUUGACUAUAAUUAUUAGGUAUUUGAGUUAUUGUUGCUUAGACUUUGCUUUCUUUAAAGUAACCUCCUUUAAUGGCUUUAAUAACAGCUUGGCAUACACCUGGCAUUCGUUCCACAAGUUUUUUAAGGUAUGUUCCAGGGAUUGCAUUCCAAGCUUUCUUAAGUUCAUUAAAAAGAGACUGCUGAUUCGUGGGACACAUUUUUUCUGACCAAUCGAUCCAAUUCAUCCCGCAAAAGCUCAGUUGGAGAAAGGUCUGGAGACUGAGGGGGCCAAACCAUCUUUUGAAGAACACCUUCCUCUUCUUUUUUGUCUAGGUAACCCUGACAGAGCUUGGUAGAGUGCUUAGGGUCAUUGUCUUGCUGCAAAACAAACUUAUGAGCCACAAGUCUGAGUCCAGAUGGAACAGCAUGGUGCUGGAGGAUGGAGUGGUACUGUUCCUUCUUUAUGAUACCCUUUACUUCAAUCAAAUCUCCUACUCCAUCACCUGCAAAACAUCCCCAUACCAUGGAACUACCACCUCCAUGCUGAAUUGUGGGUGUAACACAUGGUGCUUUCAGACGUUCACCAGUUUGUCUGCGGAUAUAGACUCUGCGUUUUGAACCAAACAGAGCAAACUUGUUUCUUGUCAUCAUAAGUCCAAUUUUUGUGAGCUUUUGCCCACUCAUAUCUCUUUUUCUUGUUCUGUGGAUGAAGUAGUGUUUUUUUGCAGAUACACAACCCUUCAGACCAGCCUUUCUCAAACGCCAUUUCACGGUUGUCAGCGAUAUGGGUUUCGACCUUGUCAUGUUGAUUUCCUCCCUUAUUUUUGGUGCUGUUUUUCACCGAUCUCUCUUACUGGUGACAGUGCUAUGUUUAUCCUCUGCUUUUGUAGUAACUCUCUUUCAUCCAGGUCUUUUUCUACCAUCAUAACUUCCAGGUUCCUCUCGUCUCUUCAGAGUGUAGUGGACUCCUUUGUUAAACACCUUCAGGCGUUUUGCAAUUUCUCUUUCUGUGUAUCCUUCUUUCCUCAAUGUACAAAUCUGUACUUUUGUUUCUUUACUCAGUUACUUCUUUCUAGCCAUUUUUGUGGUAGUUUGAACGCAGUUGAGAUUUAUUAGGAUUUUUGUAUGCAGACUCUCAAAAGGCAAAAAGUUGAAGUGAAUAAUCCAACUGUGAUUUGUCUUUUUUGCUUUUGCACUGAAGUUGUGACUCUUGCAAAUGUUUUCAACCCUAAAACUAAGCCCUUAUCUUUGCUGACAAAUAUUUAGCAAUGGUCUGUUAACAUCAAUGUAUAUCUAAAGGUAAAUGGAGUAAAAUGGUGCAUUUCCAUGAAAGCAACAUCUGAUCAUGGAGUAAAUACAUCCCAAAAUACAUAAAACUCAUGCUGGAUUUAAAAAAAGCAUUGUGAACAAAAACUUGGAGUUACUCCCAACUGUUCGGCCUGUAAUGGCCUUGCUUCCAAACUUUUGGCCUGCCUGUAGUGUAUAUAUACACAACUGUGUGUUUGUGUGUGUGUGUGUGUGUGUGUGUGUACAGAACAGUAAUUAUCUCUCUUCUUUCCUCACCCCUCCCCUCCCCUCUAAAUACACAUCAGAUGUGUUGCCUUGGUUGGCGCUGCUGUGGCGCUGGCUGGUGUUUGUGAGACGUGAACUCAGAAUGGUCUUUGAUUUUUUGCAUAGCAUGGUGCUGCCUGCUAUCAAUUAUCAGAAUGAGGGUUAACUGGGGUCUGUAAUGGAAAACAGGCUGUGCUCAGCAGCCCAUCAGAUGUAUGGAGCUUCUGUUUUCCAAAUCAAUGAAACUACACUGGCAAAGAGCUGGGUUUGUUAUGUACUGCAGAGGAACAAGACACAGAAUCUCUCUUUUCCACCUUCUACAUCUGAGUAGUGAUUUUUCUUUAUGGGGAUAGGUUGGACCCCCUACAAUACCUAAGGGUUUUCUUGCCUUAUAAACUGCUUUUGUUUGUUGUAAAAAUUUGAAUACAUGAAUAUUUAUUUUUUUUCUCAUCUAGGAGAAGGAAAUCCUGAUGAAAGAAAAUUUAGAGUUCUACAAUUUUCCAUAAACAGUGUAAAAGGGUAGAGAGUGUGUUGAACAGUUGAAGGAUUCUCACCACAACGUCAAUUACUAUAAUGUUACCACAUGAACCAGACUGGACUCACUUCAGCAUCAAGCAGUGAAGCCACCAAAACUGAAUUGACAUAUUGUGUUUCUCUUUUUACAAGCUUGUAAAUCCAGGCUGAUAGAUUUAUGAGAGUUUCUGUGCCACGGUUCUUUAGGGAAAUACACAAAUGGUAAAACUCACCACAACACAGAGGGGGGGAUCAAGUGUGGCCUUGUAUCCUUAACAAAAGAUGUCUAUCUGUUUUAAGAGCUGAGCACAGUGUGAGGCAACAGGAGAGAAACCUUUGAGCUCUUAUAUUGAAAGUAUUCCUGAGCAUGUCUAAAUUAAUCUACCUACAUCACCAUCGUACAGUUAAAAGCUUAGACUCGCACCAUAAACUAUGAAGAACAUUACCUCCCAUGUUCGAAUUUGACCCGUUUGUUUAUUGUGAUCUUGGACUGCAGUAACAUGUCAUUGCUUCUGUAGGGCGGAUGAAUGGGUGCUGAAAGGAAUCUCCGGCUACAUCUAUGGUCUGUACCUGAAGAAGACCUUUGGAGUCAAUGAGUACCGGCACUGGAUCAAAGAGGUAACAAUCCUUAUUGUCAGUGAUGAACAUAGAUUGUUUUAGCCGAUGGUUAAAGGGAUGUGUUUUUUUGUUUUUUUUACCUCUUUUUCUUUACUUUUCAUAAUCCAUAUUUUCACCAAAUACAUUGAAUAUAUGUUGAGGGGUCUUUGUGAAGGGAUGAGAGAUCUUCACUGGAGGAACAGAACAUAGUAAUUGUUAGUGUGCAUCUGUUCUCUGUAAGUCUCUUGUACCUGCUGGGGCAAGGCCCCCAUGUAACAGUGCAGAUUUUUGGCUAGGCAAGAACAGGCUCUCAUGGUUCCUCAUGGUAUUUCCUUUGUUUACAAGAGCUGGAUCUAGAGCCAAGUCUUUACCGACCAACACAUCACUAGGUCUCUGCUUCACAGUUUCUCUCUCUGACCUUCCCACCACCCCAUAGUUGAUCAAAAACAAUAUUGUGGUCUUUGUAAGAAAGAAGUCACAUACUAAAUGAUUCUUUGCCAUUGUUACAUAGCUCAUUAAUUUCAGGCCAGUGGUUAUUGGCCAACAUUAUUAGCCAUGUUUACACAGGCAAAAUUUCUUGAUCCAAUUAAAAAUUUGAGGGAUCAGAAAAUCCGAAUCCACUAUUUAUAUAGGAGCAAAGUCAAAUAAUCUGAUCAUGACAAGCUUUAUUCAGAUUAAAGGCAUUUGAACAUGCGCAGAGCCGUCUAGUUUCGCUAAAACAACCACAGAAGAAGAAGAGUUGUAGUUACGCCCGAGUUGUAGUGGCUCACUUCAUCCAAUUCAGGAUUUUUCUCUCUGUUAAAUGUUGUCACUAGAUGGUGCCCUUGCUUACUUAUUUUACCAUCCUGUCAAAGGUUGCACUGUGCAUGCCAAUGUGACAUCAUUACGCUGUAUUUAUGUCUUGUUAUGGUAACGCACCUGCAGUUGUGUUUUAUGCCAGAGUGUUAACAAUGAAACCUCUUGUACUGCCUAUAUAAAUAUGGGCAGUUAAAAAGUGAAGAUCGAGUCAGGUUAGAGACUUACGAUCAGAAAAAGUGUUUACAUGGAUGCAUUUCGGAAUAACGAUCAGCAUAAACCACCCCUCUGGUAUACAGUUUCUUUCUGAUUGAGCCAAAGUUGAUCAGAAUCUUCCAAUCAACAUGUUUACAUGACGCAUUUUUGUUUUGAUCGGGCCUUUUUCGAUUAUUUGUGCCAAUGUAAACGCAGCUAGUGAUAGUGUAGAUAAUUGUAUAUGUGUUCCUGGGGCUUUUAUCAGUACUGAGCUGUUGUUUGCAGGAGUUGGACAAGAUUGUGGAGUAUGAACUUAAGAUGGGAGGAGUUCUGCUGCACCCGACUUUCGGUGGAGGCAAAGAGAAGGACAAGUAAUACAUUACAUUUCAACUUGGAUCCCUUUUAUUUAAAUACAACCAUUUAGGUUAAGAAUCCUGACCAAAUGUCUUUCUCCUCAGCCCAACUCCCCACCUUCACUUCUCCAUCAAACACCCCCACACCCUAUCCUGGGAGUACUACAAGAUGUUUCAGUGUAAGGCUCACCUGGUGAUGAGGUUGAUAGAAAACAGGAUCAGCAUGGAGUUUAUGUUGCAGGUGAGACUCAAACGGCCUUUUCUGAUUUAAGUUGGUACUGGUUUAUGUGAGGAAAACUGGGUUAAUUAUUUGUUGUGUUCUGUCCUCCUCCUCUCUGGUAGGUUUUCAACAAGCUGCUGAGCCUGGCCAGCACCGCCUCCUCUCAGAAGUACCAGAGUCACAUGUGGAGCCAGAUGCUUCUGUCCACUCACGCCUUCCUCAAAUCAAUCUCCAACGUCUCUGGGAAGGACAUCGGCCCCCUCAUCAAACAAUGGGUGUAUCCUUGUUUCUGUGAGGAAUCUGCAACCAAAUUAGAGACAGUUAAAGUCCAAGUCUAACGACUGUUACUCAUUUGGAUGAGGUUUUCUCUGGACUGGAUGUGUAGGAUGAUUAUUCACUAUCAUGGCCAGACUACUGCCUUAGCCAGGAAGAAACCAUUUGACCUGCUGCUUCUACUAUUAUUAAAUAUCAUACUCCUGCUUUUUGGCCUUUUUUGUAUAAAUUAAGACAAGAUGUGAAAAGAUCAGAUGGGAUAAGGUCAGGAACUUUUUCUCCUGCCAACCCCACCACCCUCGAAAAUAUGUCUUGAGUUGCAAAACAUGUUAAUACCUUCAAUGAAGAUGAGGUAGCCUUUAAAGUCUCAGUCUGUGGAUUUGGUAGAUGUAAAUAGGCAUUCAUGUUUUUACAUUUAACCACGCUUUUUUUUCACUUAAACAUUUAUUGUUCAAAUUAAAGCAUAUUCAUGGUAUUAGACAAACAAUAAACUAUUUACAUAUUUUGUUUCUGCUGGGAGAUGCUUUUAUGAGCCAAACACAACUCUUAACAUGAGUGAAUACUUAUCAAUAGAAAGUGUAUUACACACAGUAGAUAACAAUAAGCAUCGUCCCUUUAUAGGAGCAGGUCAGGUCUUGCGUGGAUGCCUUUAAAUGUAACCUUCCUGCUCUCUCAGCAGCUGGUCCUGAUAAUGUGCAUCUGUUGUUGAUUCUUAACUGUGUCCUCAGCGAUCAGAGCGCUGUAGUGAAAUUUUUUGGCAGCUUUGCCUUCAACAGGAAGAGAAAUGUGUUAGAGCUGGAGAUUCGACAGGAUUACACGUCAUCUGGAACUCAGAAAUACGUGGUGAGUAUUAAUCCGCAUCAGAAUACUUCAUUUAUCCCAGGGGGGAAGUUUGGUAAGCUGAAGUUUGUGAAAUGAGGGUACAUCUGGCACUCACAAACUUUAUAUGUGUGUGUUUUUUGAAUAUACAGACAUAGAGGGUUUUAGAUUCUGUUCAGCUGGCCACAGACCUGAUCUCCAUACUCACAAUGUUUUACACUGCUGAGUUUGUUUAAUGCAGGGGUUCUCAACCUUUUGCGAGCUGGGCCCCCCAAAGGUGGCUCUCUCACACACACACACACACACACACACACACACACACACACACACACACACACACACACACACACACACACACACACACACACAGACCGUACUGUGUUAGCCACCAGUGUGAAGGAGAAAAGAAAGAAAUUUAAAGAAAAGAAAAUUUAUCCUGAAGGUUUGAUCAGUUAUGUCUUUGCUUGAAUACAUGGUGGACAGAGAUCAGGAUGUUUUAUAUUUUUUGAGGUCACGUUUCCUUCGUUAUUUUAUAUCAGAUCUCUGUUGAACAGUGGUGUGGUGUGAUGAGUUCCUGUGAAAGCUGUAGCUUUGUGAACACAGGUGGGUCUGUGUGGAUGAGAGAGACUCUGGUGAUGAAGUUUAUACAGUUUAUACCGAUAAUUACUUCAGAUCGUUGCUCUGUGUGUGUGUGUGUGUGUGUGUGUGUGUGUGUGUGUGUGUGUGUGUGUGUGUGUGUAACAUUGUGAGGGAUCCUUUGUGUGUGAGCCUUUCUCCCUGUAGAGACUGAUCGUCACCGUCAGUCGGAGCAGGACACUUGUCCUGUUUACUUGGUUGUUUGAGUGGCUGGGGCAAAAUAAUAGGAAACUUUUAUUGACACUUGCCAUGCCGUGCUGCAGCGUCUUGAUGAGUUAGGCUGUAAGUUGGUCUAUUUCCAACAGCUUGGGACUCUGCUACAUCUACUUUGUACGAAUAGAGUCCCCCCGCCUCCCGUCCUGUGCUUGCGCCCCCUGGUACGGGUGAGAACCACUGGUUUAAUGUAUUAUUGUGUAGGUAUUAAUGAUCACAUGUGUGUUUCCCUGCAGGGCCCCAUUAAGGUGACAGUGCAGGAGCUGGAUGGAUCCUUUAACCACACACUGCAGAUUGAGGAGAACAGCCUCAAACAUGACAUCCCCUGUCAUUCCAAGAGCAGACGGUAUGUAUUGCAGCAGAACUCAACGCCCAGACCUUCAGGUGCUCAAUGCUCUCAGGGUUUUAUCAAAUGGAGCCUCAUAAAAGGAGACACAGAAUACUUUUCACCAAUAACAACAUGAAAGUCCAGCCCUGGGAGUUGACUUAGUUCAUUUUAAUGUUAGGAGGGUGUUUUUCUGACAAAUCCUGAUGGACAGAUAUGAGUGAUUGACUGCUCACUGUCACAAUUAUUUUGGGUGCUGUAUUAAUGAAAUGCGGUGAGAAAAUAGCUGUUGUCACAUGAAACUUGUCACAGAGGUAGAUUUGAGGAAAAAAUUCAUCCACAGGGGUCAAACCAAAUGGAAAAAAAAAAACACUUUUUUGUACCUUUUUUAAAAGUCCAUAAAAAUGUAUUUCUAUGCUGACAAUGCACAGCUGUAUUGACCCCUGAAAAUAGGAGCUGCAAAUACACCUUGGGCCCACUGCUGGACUGUCUGAGAAACAUUAAAAUCUGGAUGGCUCUCAAUUUUCUCAAGCUAAAUGAGAGUAGGACUGAAGUCUUUGUUUUUGGACUACAGCCGUGCACAGGACUUUUUUCUUCAUCCCACUACUGAUGAAUUUCUGAACACUACCACCUGGGUUUUUUUGUUUGGUUUCCCUAGCCUGCAUGUCUUUUAACACACUGGUCAGGAACAGUGCUCCUAUCUCGUGGUUUUCAUUUUGUUUUCAGUGAAAUAAGGGCAGUUUUAUAUUCUAUUAUCUUCCUCUGUAUUUUAUUCAUUUUUCUACCUUGAUUGAGGUUAAGGUCUGUUUUCUGAGAGAGACCUGAAUAAGAAACAUUAAAGAUAACACAAUCAGCAGAUAGACAACACUACACUGUACAUUUAAAUAUGCCCUUGUUUUAUCAAACACUUUGCACCAUCACACGGCACAUAGAAAUAGACUGUUUGGAAAAAAUGUAUUCCAACAAACAACAUAUAAAACAGUAGUUUUAAAAUUAUUAGCCAAACGUGGCAGGUAUUCUGUUCUGUUAAACUUCAUCAGCCUUCACUCAAUAACACAUCCUAACACCUCUUUAUGUACCAUGAUCAACAAAUAGCAACACGAGUAGGCUGUGAGUGGCUCAAAGCUUAUAAUGAACAAAGUUAACUAUUGAAUCACUUGGCCAUAAUAUUGCUGUGGAGAAAGAGAACAUUGCUGAGCGACUGCGAUCCCAAUCUUGUGCGUCUCUCUCCAAGAUGUGCCACAAACACUAAAGGCCCGCUCUGAAGUUGCACUGGAUGCGGAUAUGCUGUAGAUGAAACACCUCAGCUUAGAGAGCGCUGGGAAGUGCUCUAUGCUGAACUUCCACCACUUUUACUAUUUCUGAACCCCAUUUCCGCCCGCAGCAGGGUUCAAACCAUCUGCUCCCGCAAGAUUUGUGUUGGGUCCCGCAGAAACCUGGCGGGACCCAGUCGCAAUGCAGCUCUCAUCUUGGACCCCAUGGCAGCAGCCCUAGAGCCAAUCUGUCCAUUCUUGAGCCCUUUCUAAAAGACUCUGCCAAAAAUCUGGAAGGGAUAAAGGACAGCGAUUUUACAAUGGAUCUACAGAUACAUGCAGCUGUAAAAGCCAAUUUUUUAUCAUCUUUGUCCUUUAACCAAGGUUGAGGCUUUUUUUUAUCUUACAGCAAUUUUAAGAAGGUUAUGCACGCUGUUAUCACAACUAGUCUCCAUUAUUGUAAUGCACUUUAUUUUGGUGCCAGCCAAAUUCCCUUUAUCAUUUACGCUUAAUCAAAAUGCUGCAGCUCGUCUUUUAACUGGUCAACGUCAAUAUGACCACAUUUCCCCCAUUUUAGCCUCUCUUCACUGGCUUCCUUUGUGUUUUAGGAUUGACUUGCUCUUUGCUUUAAACUUAUAGAUUUUUAAAUGGGCUUGCUCCUUCUUAUCUUUCUGACCUUUUAAAACCCCAUAUUUCAUUACCAGUGUCUUCUGACUGUCCCAGGGUCAAGUUUGAAGUUCAGGGAUGACCAAGGUUUUUCAGCAGAUGCGCCUUAGCUCUGGAAUGCACUUCCUCCUCCAGUCUGACUGUCCCCCUCACUGUCUGUUUUUAAAUCAAACUUGAAAACACACUUUUACUCUUUGGAUUUUGGCUUUGAUUAAGAAAUUGGCUCUGAUCCCUUCAUGUCCUCCUGUUCUUCAUGUGGUCCUGCAUCUGUGAUUAACUGUUUGUGCUAACUGUCUGUUUUAUUGUUUUUAACUUUUACUGAACAUCACUUUGGUCAGCAUUUAGUUGUUUUUAAAUGUGCUUUGUACAUAAACUUGGAUUGAAUUGGGUUGUAUCCUCAGUGGUGGCCAUAGAUGAGUUUUAAACUUAGUUUCAACAGAAAAUUGCUCACUAAGCUCUUUUCACUGUUUUCCAACCUUAUCCCACCACCGCCUUCUUCUUUGGCCAAUGGACUUCGGCUGGUACUUGACCCAUUUAUUAGACUCUGUGCAGGGAGACCUGAAGUGUUGACAUGGUUAGUGAAGCAGGAAAAUCUGCAAAUGUUUACGGUCUGUUGUCUUUUUAGCUGCUCAUUAAAUGAGAAGUGUAAACUUUAUGUUGACUGUCAGAUAUAUUUAAAUGACUUUAAAUGAGUACAAAGCUCGUUCAGCUGUGUCACAGCAGUAAAUUAAAUAAACUGGUACACAAACUGUAUUCAGAGCUGAUCGGUCCUCUUCUAACUCACCUCUAUCUGGAUGGAAUUAAACCCCAUCAGCAUGCGUGACUUUAAAGAUUUCAGACUUGGGCCAACUUAUUUGGAUCAGAAUCCUGCAAACACUAACUGCAGCACAUUCACUGGGGUUUUGGCUCUCUCUCGUGUGUUUACUGGCACAGUUACGGAUUCUGUUGCAUUAAACUUACAGUCAAAGAGAGCUCAAGAGGCCAAAAGCCUUUCACUUGGACUUUAAUAGUCAAAAUUUGAGAGCAUAUUAUUUGCAGUGCUUUUGUGGUUGAUAUAAUGUUGUAUAAUAAAAGUCAAUACCCUCUCGCAUUUAUCUGUAAGCCCCUGUGUUUGAGUUUAUGUCAAACUUCUAUUUGACUUUGGUGGUCCUAGAUCACCUCCUGAUUUGUUCCUCUAGUUAGCAUUUUUUUUCAUCGAUGCUACUUCCGUCCCCGGUCUCCUUCUGUCUCUGCUGUUCUGAGAAAACUGUGCUCAAAGGAAAUGUGGCACUCUUCUGUCUCUAAUUUUUCUGUUGUUUUGUCAUCUCAGAAACAAGAAAAAGAAGAUUCCUUUGAUGAACGGAGAGGAGGUGGACAUGGAUUUAUCAGCCAUGGAGUAAGACAUCUCUCAUGUUACUGUUCAAAACAUAUCAAAGAGCCUAGCCGUUGUUGUUCAGCAUACUGUACCUCCACAUAAUAAAUACUGUUACAUGCACAUAUCUCAACAAUAAAAAUAGAUCUUUAUGUGAUCGCAUGGCUCCCCUCUUGUCCACAGCGCUGACUCUCCUCUCCUCUGGAUCCGGAUUGACCCUGACAUGUCCAUCCUGAGGAAGGUGGAGUUUGAGCAGGCGGACUUCAUGUGGCAAUAUCAGCUGCGUUUUGAAAGGGAUGUUGUUGCACAGGUGGGAAAACAGCAAGAAGACUUAGAAACUAAUCUUUGAUUUUGAAUACUUUUCAAUAUUAGCUCUGCCUACUCUUUUAUCACAGCCAAAUAGCUGAUGAUAAACAAAAUAAAACAAAAUAUAAUAAUCAAAUAUCAGGAUGUGGGGGGCAUCAUGGGCAUAAACCCAGAAUCCACCCCGAUACCCUCCUCUCUCCUCUUUUACCAGCACUGUGACCUGUCUCCCUCCUGCAGUGUCUUUGUACCUUACUGUGUCUAAUCUUUGAGAAAACUCAUCAGCAAGAACCCAUAGAACACAAAUCAUGUUCUAAAUGUUGAGUUAUCACAACAGCUGAUCAGUGCAUGAACCAUCACCUGUUGUUGUAAUACCGCUCCAAAACUGUGAGUAACAGCAACCGGCUGAGCAUAAGGAUAUGAGAGGCUUUCUACAGUCAUUAGCCUAAAUUAAAAGGAGGGGCCUACAAAAUCUCUCUGUCUCUUUGAUCACCCGCAGAGCAAAUGCUAAUAGCAUCAUAUGUGUGAGUGUAGCGCAAGAGGUCAUUGUUGACUCAUUGAUUGGGGAUGGCGGUCUCAUACAGAUGAAGAAUUACUCAUCAUGGUUGGUGGUUUUCCUUUAGCGGCCUGUCUAGUUAAGGAGCACUGUGCCAUUGUGGCAAAAGGUGGUGUAUUACCCAUUCACACACGAGAAGUGCGCAUUAGUGCGCUCUAAUGAGAUGGUGGCCAUCUUAAAAAUGGUGGCCAUCUUGAAAAGCAGCUUGGGACAUUCAAUUGUUGAGUGGCUCAUGAAGAAUGUUCAUACCAAUUUUCACGCCUAUAUCACCAACUUAAUAGGCGUCAACACUUAUUUGUUCCACCUAGGUGGCGGCCAUCUUGAAAAAUGGCCGCCUCCUUGAAAUUUCAAAUGGCUGGGACACUUUUCCAGUCAAGUGACCCAUGAAGAAUGCUCAUGCCAAUUUUCAUGAUUGUAUCACCAACAGAACAAUCAUGUCACUUCUCUACUCCACUAUUAUAACUUAACACAGCAUGAGAUUCAACAACAUGCCUUUUUCAACACUCAGCUCUGGAACCUUAAAAACCUACCGACAGGCAUAGAGAUGACCAAAAACAAAACAGAAUGAUGACAUAUGAAGAUAGGUUGAAAUGUUGGAAGGUCAGUUUAAGAAUAUGAAAAGAUUCAUACUUGAAAGUAAAUCCUUUUCAAAAUAUGAACAUGAAACAAUGCCGAUAUAUUGCAUUAAGACCCACAACUAAUAAUACUCGUUCCUCACAAAAUGGCUGUAUAUGUUUUUUGAUUCAUAAAUGCAUUACUUAGUUUAUGUAAAGACAAAAAUUGUCACAAAUAUCAGUCAAUUAGUCUUUAUUUAUGUAGCAUUAGUUCACAGCAAACAUAAUACCAAGAUGCUUAAAGAAAGAGAGCUGGUCUACAGCAGACUGCAUGAUUUUUAGCGGAAGACCAAAAUAGAGACGUAUUGGAUUGCGUUCAAACCCACUCUGAUCCCAUCUUCAGUUUAGAGAGGAGAGAGGAAGACAGAGAAAGAGAGAGAUGAACGAGAUAAACAACAAAAGUACCUACAGAUGUUUGGUCACAGUCACAGGGAUAAUGGAACAAGUAUGUGAACUGACCAACAUUUCUCAAGUUCAAAGCUCUUCAGUAUUGACAAUAGACCAAAUCUUCUCACUUUAAGCCCCUUUGAGGAACCUGCAGUUGUGUCUGUUUCAGUGAUUCAGUGGACAGAACAGUCCACAUUGUUCUUGUCUGUCACAUGCUUCAGUAGUCUCCUUUAGCCACCCUGCUGACUUUGGAUGCUCAAAUGUGGAUGCUGAAUUCACAAGAAUAGAACUGUUAGCUGCUUUGCUGCUUCUCAGUGCUAUUGCUUAUGGUCAUGUUUGGGUUUUCAUGAAUAAGAAUCAAUAUGAAUUUCAGUCUAUUUCAUAAACAUGAUCAACUCUUCAAAGAAGCUUUAAGAGGUUUAAAUCACAAACAGUCUUCUAUCAUUGCUGACUUUUAUUGUUCUUUCAGGAGGAGGCGAUCUCAGCACUGGAAAAGUUCCCAACUCCUGCCUCCAGACUGGCUCUGACAGAUAUCCUGGAACAAGAACAGUGUUUCUACAAAGUCCGCAUGCAAGCCUGCUUCUGUUUGGCCAAGGUAUGUGUCAGUCUGCAGGUGUCUGUGUAUUUUCAGACACUAAUUACCUCUGCCAAGGAGGUUAUGUUUUCAGUAGCGUUGGUUUGUUUGUUGGUUUGUUUGUUAGUUUGUUUGUCUAUUAGCAACUUUAUGGAGAAAGUAACAGACAGAUUGACCUGAAAUUUUCACCAGAGGUGCGUCUCAGCCCCAGGAGGAUCCCAUUAAAUUUUGGUGGUGAUCCGCAUCGCCUUCUGGAUCCAGGAAUUUUUUGAAGGAUUCUUUAUCAUUGUGAGAUAGGGCACAUUUAGGAAUUUUUGCAUUUAACUCUAUAAAAAUGUCCAGAGUCUUUAGUAAAAAAUUAAACAAAAGGAUCUCAAUGAGUUUUAUAAGGUGUGAAAGGUUGAUCCUGAUCCAGACAAAAUUCCGGAUACUGUGAUCCAGAACACACAAAAAUAAGGGUGUCGUUGGAAUUUUCAAUGCUGAAAAAAACCAAUGGGCGGCACAGUGGUGUAGAUGGGCGGCACAGUGGUGUAGCGGUUAGCACUGUCACCUCACAGCAAGAAGGUCCUGGGUUCAGAUCGGGGUCAGGGCAUUUCCUGUUUUAGGAACAUUAUGAACAGUGAACAUACCAGUUUAAACACAAUUAAAAGUUAAUAAAAGACACGUAACAGUAAAAGUUUUGGUGUGAAUCACAAUAUAAGGGGGGACAUGAGCUGCUUGGCAGAGGUCUGCGCUCUCCGAGUGCUUUUCUAGUUUUAACACUGUAAGGCCUCUGGGUCAUAGCUUUCCUCACCAAAGACAGAAAAUACAAGACUGGAGGUGUGACUGCAUCUUUAAAGAGGACGAAAAAAGGCAGAAUGAAAUAUCUAAAUACAUAUUUAAAUUAAUACUUUUAUAUGCCAAUAAUUAUCUUUAAUUGGAACUAAAUAAAUAAAUGUGUCAUUGAAUAAUUAAUAUACCAGCUCAUUCCAUGUAAAAACAUGUAUAAUUAUUCCACUAUUUAAUUAAUUAUUUCAUGGACCUGUGUUGCAGUUCUUCAUGAAUUUAUUUUAUCUGUCAAACUCGUUCAAAUCAGUACGCGGGACCAAUGCUGAGCUCGUGUGAUCCAUUACUUUGGUCUGAAGCCUUAAGUCUUUCAAAACAUAGCAUCUAUGGAGGAUAUGCUCCAACUUUCUCGGGGGGUGGUUAUAGAUAUUUAUAUGGAACAAAACAUUACUGCUUAUCUCUGGUGCAUUUUGAGUUGGUAUUAUGCUCUGUUCAUUGGUACUGUCCCAUUUAAAUAAACAGGACAUAUGCAUUUAGAGUGAGGCUCUGCAGUGUCGCUUUUAAUUGUACUCAACACUGGGGUGGCGUGAUAUUUUAUGCAUUAUUGAAAGGUGCCGUGACUGACCCAGAGCAUGCUGUGUGUAAAGCAGAGGAAUUAAAGGGAUAUUCUGGCGUAAAAUAAAGUAAGGGUCAAACACACCAUAACACCGAGUUAGACACCCCCUCGAGAGAUGAGUUUUACAGCUCAAGGAAGAACAUUUAUGAUUAUUACUUCAUGGAAAUGCAGUCAGACUGAGACGCUAAAGCAGAAGAACUACCGAGACAGCAGUGCAAAAUGAUUAUUAUGAUGAUUAUUACUUCAUGGAAAUGAUCUGCUGCACUCGGUGAUGGACUCGUCAGGGCUCCCCCCACAAACAGGCAGCUGCUGGAAGAGAGUAGGUGAGUUGUGUUUAGUCUCUUUGCUAAAGAAAUUAGGCUAAGCUAAAAAGAUGUUUGGUGGCUUAUGCGAUGACUGGGACCCUAUAUGUACUGUUAAUGAAGUUAGGUGCUGUUCUUAGCAUUAUUUGUGACUAUAGAGUGGCGUUUUCCAAUAUCUGUCUGGAGUCUCUCUUUCUUGACUUGAUGUGCCGAGUAACCAAUCAGGUGUUAGGAUCCGCCCACUGAUUUUGAUGGAUGAGUUUGACAGAUAAAAUAAAUUCAUGAAGUACUGCAACACAGGUCCAUGAAAUAAUUCAUUAAAUAGUGAAAUAAUUAUAGAUGUUUUUACAUGGAAUGAUCUGGUAUUUCAAUAAAUUAAUGACACAUUUUAUCAUUUAAUUCCCAUUUUAAUUCAUUAAUGACAUAUUUAAGUAUUUAUUUAAAUAUGUAUUUAUAUAUUUUAUUCUGUCUCUUUUCGUCUUCCAUACAUCUUAUCAACAAGUGUCAUUUUGAAAAUGAAUGUUUGAAUCUGUUUAUCAUAACAAUCCUAAACUUUGUGAAAAAAGGUCUGACCCUUGUGAGAGUGUCUCAUGGUAGGGGUUAAGAGAGGGUUUGCUUGGUGAGGUCCUGUUCAUGGUAUAGGCCUAACUCAGUGAAUGAAAAGAAUAUUAAAGGCAUUUUCUUUGGCAGAGACAAUCAAAGACGCUAUUCUGGAAUAAAUUUUAUGCUGCAGGGGUUGCAUUAGUUCAAUCAGUCAUGCAGUGAUUAUAGCUGAAUAGCUAGGCAGGCUGUUGCCAUUUCAAGCCAUUUAGGUCGGCCACUUUUGUUUACCUUGGCAGACACAGUAUAGAUACAAGACAUGGCCAACCCCACAAGUAAGUGCUCUGUACUCAGGCAAUGCUGGGAUAUAAAGUCAGUGCUAAGAUGUGUUAAAUGAUGGUAUGAGCAGAGCGCAGCUUAGGGAUCAUUUUCCUGUGAGUCAGCUUUAACACAAGCCUAACUAGAAUAGGGUGGGUGAGUUAUUAAAGUCUCUGAGUCAGAUUCUGGUUGACUUAAAGGUUGUGUUGAGCAAAAUUCCAGAAGCAUGAGGAUAAAAUGAUCUGUCUAUGUUCAAACUGAAUCACAGAGGGAAGGUUUGAAUGUUUGCUGAUGUUUAAAGAAGAAAUCCCAUACUGGAUUAAUAAACACUUUAAAUACACCUCUCUAACUAAAGCAUAAAAAUAAUAAUACGUGUGCUGCUCAAAAAAACCCUGAAAAUCCUAAAAUAUUUUAUUAUUUCUAUCAUUUAAUUCAAAAAGUUAAACUGCCAUAUGUCUAGGUUCAUCACAAAAAAGAAGGCUUUCAUUCAAACAUUCAUUUUUUUGUUUGUUUGAAUCUUGGUAACUACGGCUCACAGAGACAAGUAGAUGCGACAUUUCGUUUUAAAUAUGUUGGUCCCUUAAGGUACAAGUUCCUUGCUGCAAGUUUUGGUGAACAGUCAUCCUGAAUUACUUCAUGGUCAUUCUUGAUUUAAUAGUUACACUGGUAAACCACUGCAUCUUUACUUACAACACUGUAGUGGCAUUGUUUUCAAAUAUCCCAUGGCACUUGUGGCUGAAGUAUAAGUGAGACUGAUUUCCUCAUAAAGUGAUUGUAAGGAUUAACACUGUAUGGUGUUAAAAUUGGCCCUCCUAAGAUUACGGGUUUGAAUUUCUGUGGUUUGGUGUUUUGCUUCUGGGCUCAGAUUUUAGAGAGGUGUCAAAGGUCACAGAAAUGUGGUGAAUGUGGUCUGUGGUGUGACACACGUGAGAAACAGUCCAGUCAUGUUUGUUUCCAUCUUCACAUUCUUCUCUGGAAAUGCUAAAUUUGAAGUGGUGGAAAAGGAAAAGUGUUAACAGAAAAAUACUGAAUAUGAAAGCAGAAUCAGAGAACAGAGAGGGAGGGAGGGGUAGAAAAGCUCUGAUAGAUCUGCAGAUAAAGUAACAGUAAGUAUGUAAAGCAGAAGGCCUGGAUCCAUUAUGCAUGGAGAGAGGGACAAAGAAGGAGUAUAACAAGUUUCUCUCUUUCUACCUGCAUGAAAAACUCUGAAACAAACUCACUUCAGCUUCUGUUGACAGUCUCUCAUUUGGCACUUCUAUCUGUUUCAUUUCUGUCUGUUGUUUCCUGGGGAAAUAAGUUCAAAACACUUUUGUGUAAAAGUUUUAUUUCCAGAACAUCGAACUUCUGUACCAGUGAGGCCACCCAGCAGUUUAACCCUUUCUGCACCAGAGCUCAGCCGACUGAAUAAUCCUAUUCUGUGGCUUCAGGAAAUUCUCUAUUCUCUGGAUUUGGUCGUUUCCAGCUUUAACCCCACUGGGUUUCCGCCAUCUGGGUUCCACCUGAACCAAUAUUGUUCCAGCACGAUAAACUGAGGGGAGGCUGAGAUGGCAGCACUUCACUUUUUUCAUUAAGUUGCUAUGUUUGGCCACAAAAUCCCCAACAGACUCCAUCGUAAUGGCCUUUACACACAUACAUAUUGUCACACACAUACUCCAACAUUGACAUCAACAUGCACACACAGUCACAGACGUGAAAACCCACAGUUACCACAAAGUAAAUUAUGACUGGCUUGGACCCUCAGAUUGACUUGGCUGCAUCUUGAUUGGUUGGGGUGGCGUUUCCCUGCUUGUUUUUGGCUGAGAAUGUGGGGAGAAAGAAGAAACAGCCUGAGGCUGAAAAUGUGAAAAACCGGCAAAGACAUUCCCUUGUCUAAAACUGACACACAAAAACGCACGUGUUCUUGAAUGUAUGCGCAGAAGGAUUGCGGUGUCCAUGUCUCCCUUUAUUUAUCUUACCAAAUGACAACAUCCUGUGUCAGUGACCCUUAACCUGAUAUUACACAUUAACAUAAAUUCCCCAAUAUCCUGUUAGAGCCCAGAGACCGCUGGAGCUGCUGGUCUUCAUACCUGUGGAAACCUCAUGUGCUUCUCAUGUGUACAUUUGGCUUUUACUUUGUAGCUCUGUUCUCACCACAAGAGUUAAAAUGAACAGAAAGGACAUUGUUAUACAACAGUCAUUAUGUGCCAUUCAGUUUCUCUGGAGUAACUACCACAGCCAGAGAGCGUGCAGCUCAUACUUGUGUGUACAUUUUACAUUCCACAUGCUUUGCACAAAUUUUGAAAGUUUGAUUCAGCCAUUAAUUAAUCCUGAUGACAGCAGAUGAAACACAGCUGACAGAUGCUGACCCUCACAUGUGGCCACUUAGAACUGGAAGGAUAACUGUGCAUUUUUGUGUACUCAUGUGUAUACCUUGCAGAUAGCCAACUCCAUGGUGAGCACGUGGCAGGGCCCACCAGCUAUGAAGUCUCUAUUCACAAGAAUGUUCUGCUGUAAGAGCUGCCCCAACAUCGUCAAGACCAACAACUUCAUCAGUUUCCAGAGCUACUUCUUGCAGAGGGUGAGCCAACAGAAAACACUUCUCCACAAUUGGUGAAGGAAACGGUCAACGGUCAAAAUCUCAACAAUUUUAUGAGCACAGCUGAAGACGAAUCACAGAGUCUGUGAGUAAACUAAGACUAACUAGUUUGCCAGCAGAGCUAGCACCAUCAGUCAGUCCUUCCUGGAGGUAAUUGUCCACAUACCUGCACCAGUUACACAUUGUACCUGUUAAGUUAUGAUAUGCCAAUUUAACCAGACCCAGCCAACAUAUAAAUCCAUCUCCCUUUUUUAGAUCAAGAUACUGACAACACUCCUGCCAAAGUGGUUUGAAACUGGUGCAAUUUGGGGAAUUAAACCUUGAACAAGCCACAGCCUGCCGCAAAAUUUGUUUAAAGGCUAUUGCAAAUAAAGGAAGCAGCAGCAGACUUCAGCAUCUUAAACAGGCUUGUGGUGAAGUAGUAGAUAUGUGUUUCACUACAAGAUGCACAACACUGCUGCAGCUCUAGAAACACCAUCAGAAAAGCCGCUAACAUGAGUGUAAUCGUUGUCCUAUUGCAUCAUGAAUAACAAGAAAAGGACAAGUAGAAAGCCAUGACUGCACAUGGUUCCAGACAUAAUGACCAGAUCUACGGUAGAUAAAGCCUGGGUUUAUAUGCACUAUUUGUUAAAAACUAUCUUCCCAGAUGAUUGCUACCUUACAAUAAGUACAGGUGCAGCUCAAAAUAACAAUGUCUUAAAAAUUCAUUUUUCCCCAUAAUUUAAUUCAAAAAGUGAAACUUCCAGAUAUUCUAGAUCCAUCCCACACAAAGUGAAAUAUUCACAGAUUUUUUUUUUUUGAUUCUUGAUGAUUACAGCUUACAGCUCAGGAAAAUUAAAAAGAAAUCAAUCAGUUAUGAUCCCUGGUUUUGAUGAGAAUUACGUCUUUAACUCGAAAAGCAAAGGUAGUUAUUAUUCUAUGGAAUUUGCAGACAGUGAUAGAUACUUAGUUUAACAGAAAACGCUGAUAAAUUCUGGAAAAUCUUCCGAUCAGAUAACUUUUGCAGAAUUUCUACUCCAAAUUGGGUCAAAAAUAGAUGUUUCACAGGGGCGUAUUCAGAAUGAAAGCCAGAGGUACUCUUCAACAAAGCUUUCAUGUUGUGUUUUUUAACAUGUCAUGAUUUCUUUUUUUUUUUUCCUUUUUUUCCACGUCAGACGAUGCCGGUGGCAAUGGCGUUACUUAGAGAUGUCCAGAACCUCUGUCCCAAAGAUGUCCUUAACUUCAUCCUGGACCUUAUCAAGUACAACGACAACAGAAAAAACAAAGUAAACACUCAGAUUCACACACACUUGGUAGAGAGAAGCAGUCAAAUCAAUUAAUCAUAAAGCACACCCCAGUUUUCAUGGUCAGUUCCAGCAUCAACAUGUUUUGUUAAAAUGCCUCACUGAAUGAUUCAAGUACCAUUAAAAUAUUACAAAGCUGGUGAAAAGUUUGUCAUUCCACAGAUGCUAACAGUGAACCAGUGGCCUUGCUAGGAUCAGCAUAGAGUUGAAUUGAAUUGAAUAGAAGAGAAUUCUUGUCAUUGUAACAUGUAAAAUGCACAAUGAAAUUUAAAAGUGCCAGCAUCCUUCCUCUCCUUUCCUUUUCCUCCCCUCCCUCCUGCCUCCUCUUCAGUUUUCAGAUAACUACUACCGUGCAGAUCUGAUUGAGGCGCUCACCAACUCUCUGACCCCCGCCAUCAGCAUCAACAACGAGGUGCGGACAGUGGACAACCUGAACGCUGACGUCCGUCUCAUCCUGGAGGAAAUCACACGUUUCCUCAACAUGGAGAAACUGCUGCCCAGCUUCAGAAACACCAUCACUGUGAGGUCAGGAGUGGAGAGUGUUUGCCUUUGCAAACUCUGUUAUCCUCACAGUGCUUUGUCUCUGUAUUACACAUCUUAAAAACAUCUUUAAACACCAGUGAUGACUUAUGAAAUAGAAAAGACAUGUUGUCUUCUGUUAGUAGUAAUAUCACACACAGCAAAACCAUCCUGUCUCCCUCACGUCCAUACAGCUGUCUGAAAGCGAUCCGUCAGCUGCAGAAGAACGGACACAUUCCCAGCGAUGCAUCACUCUUCAAGUCAUACGCAGAGUACGGACACUUUGUGGACGUUCGCGUUGCUGCACUGGAGGCUCUGGUGGAUUACACACGAGGUGAGCUUUUUAACAAAGGUGUGCUUUUUAUCAGGUUAACCACCAGUCCUGUGAAGCUUAUUGACCUGGCUCAAACUCUUCAGCAUCUUUGGCUCUUUAUCCAUCCUUGGAUGUGUUUCUGAUAAAAAACUGAUAAAAGGAUAGAUGUCAAGAGGUGGUGCCCUUAUUUGGCCUCCUUCGAUGGGAGCCAAAUAAGCCAAAUGCAGUUUUUCAGAGUGAACCUUGAAUUCAGAACUUCGCUGUUUUAAAUUUUUUUUAUGGCUGAUGAACAAUCUCUUUUUCCUGAAACACAGCCAUAGCCAGCUAUGUUUCUGUGUUUCUGUUCCUUUUUUCCUCUGGUCAGAGAUGUUACCAAUGACAGGUUCCUUGAUUUAGAUUUCUUGUGUUUGUUUUCUUUGUCUGUCCUGCAGUUGAAAGAAAUUCAGCAGAGCUGCAGUGGCUACUCGAUAUGGUCCAGAAUGACCCAACUCAUUAUGUCAGGUAGUCACACAUGGACUCACAUUUACUGCAUGUAGUCUCUCUCACUGUAGAUGUGUUGUUUCUAGUUCUGCUAAUGUUUGUGCAACCUCUUUCUGAAGCCAGCAAAUUUGUUAUUUACGACUGUCACACUGCGGUGUGUUUGACCAGCGGUGAUUACAAACAACAUGUACAAACAACCCAAUAACCAACCCUGAGCUGCUGAAAAGAGCCAGUGCAGAUUUUCAUCUUCUUUCUUUGUAAUUUAUCAGACAUAAGAUCCUGGGAAUGCUCUGUAAGAAUCCUCCUUUCACCAAGACCACAGACUCCUCUCUGUGCAAUGAAGCUUUGGUCGACCAGCUCUGGAAGCUUAUGAACUCAGGUGACACACACACACACACACACACACACACACACACACACACACACACACACACACACACACACACACACACACACACACACACACACAUUUUAAAAAAAACUAUUGCUCAUCUUUUUACUUUACUUUAGUUUAGUUUUUUUGUUCUUUGUAUGAUACGGACUAACUGGGUCUGAAAUAAAGUUUUACAUUACUGUGAGCAGCACCAUCAGAGUCUCAGGUCAACACUUCCAACAGUAGCUUUCCAUGAAACAUUCAAGUGGGUAAAGCAAAUAUUGGACUGUUGACACGCUGUGUUUUUAUAUUAGGGAAAGUGCUGGACAGUAUUCAGAACAUUCGCAGGAACAUUUAAUGCUCUCUGUCUUGAAAGCUUGUAAAGACAUUGAAACCGAGGGAGGUGGUGUCAUGAAAUGUAUUUAAAUCUAAGAUUAAAGACUUUGAAGAUCAUUUUUCUGUUUAGCUCUGUAACCCCUUUCCCACCAAGCUGGUUCUAGUGCUAAUCGAGAGCCAGUUCCUGAUUUAGACUCAGUUCUUUGUGUUUCCACCACCAAAGACACUGUCCCUGAGCCAGACCACACAGUUCUAGAGUAGCACCAACUCCUCUCUGGGCUACUGGACGGAGUUUUUUAGGUUGGUUAUGAAAAACAGGGUAAUGCAGUUUGUGUGAGUAUAAUGCUAAAGUGUCACACUCUUACCCUUACUUAUCAUGAGAUCAGAUUAGAUAUGACUUUGUCAGACAGUAUGAAGUUUGACCUUCAUCACAGCUGCUCCAUUUACAAUAAAAGAAGAGGAGCUACAAAAGUAAGUACAUAACAAACAGCAGUAUGCAGUAUGUUCAGAGGUCUUUCUUGUCCUUUUGGUUUGAGAUUCAGCUCUUCAGUUCCUUUUAGAGUCCACAAGUGCACAAACCAGUGCUCAGGCUGGUAAGCCCCUGUAUCUCAGGUUUGAUGGCCAUGGUUCCUUUGACUGUUUGGAGCAUACUUAGUGUUAGGAGGAUGUUGUUAGCUAGCCUUAGUUUGUUUAUACUGUUGGCUCAUACAUCAUACAUCAAGUCUGACAUAAAGGCCCACCUACAGGUCUUUGAACAAAUUUCUAUGUCUAUUAAUGACUGUCAUUUCAGUAGGUUCAGGUGUGUUUCAGGUGUAAUGUUUCCUCCAUGUUUUUUCCUUUAUUUAUUCUUACUCUUCAACUGUAAAGGUUGGGGUCUACAUUUUGCUGCCUGUAUCACACAGACCAUGCCUCCUAUUGUGUCCUCAGGUUUCAUCAUUUCUCCCUUUCAAGGGGGUCCGAUGUGUCUCUCAGUCAGCCAUGCUUCAGUCUGCCAAUCCAAAUACUUACCAGCCCAAAACCCAAAUAAGAGCCUAUGUUAACAAUUCUACAUCUCUCAGGACAAUCCAGCUCUUUCUGCAGCAUGUUAUCAGUUUAUUGACUUACAAGCUUGUCAUGUUUUUUACAGAAAAAUAUUAGGAAUUAUUAUUUUAUUAUCUGCAGUGAACUUCAGUUUGAAGGCCGGUCAGUGUGUGUGUGUGUGUGUGUGUGUGUGUGUGUGUGUGUGUGUGUGUGUGUGUGUGUGUGUGUGUGUGUGUGUGUGUGUGUUUGGGGGGGUGGGGUGGGGGGAUGGACAGCCUGUCUUUGUUGCCAGUCUAAAUACACAGUGACCACAGUGUGCUAACCCUUAAUGCUAUGUUUCAUAAAUGUGUUGGUUGUGUUAUUCCCCUUCCACAUAACCCACAGCCCCCCAUGUGUUUAACUCACACACUCACAUAGGAUGAUGUUUCAGCGGCUGAAGGUCAGCGCUGAAAGAACAUAAACUCUUAUUCUUUCUGCUGCUGUUACACUCAUCUAUUACAACUUUCUUCUAAAAGCCACAAUCAAUCCCCAACAACCAUGGGCGCCUACCCUGGAGUCUGUCAGCUCAGCGUUCUCCAGCAUUUCACUCUGUCCAGUUUAAACACAGCACUGCCAACAGAAGAGUCACAGGGGGCAGGUAGAGGAAGUCUCCUUGAUUAUCACGAAGUUUAAGAAAAAAAAUAGAAAUUGGGAAAAAAAUUCAAUCACACUUAAAAUGUACUUAAAAGUCAUAAUUAGUAAUGAGUGAUGUCAUAAUGACACAAAAACACAGUUUUAACAAAAUAAUAUUCAGGGGUGGACCGAUAAAGAUUUUCAGGAUGACACAAUACAGAUACAACUGAUAUGCAGCAACAGUAAAAAAUGAGAAACUUCAUCCAAAUGUGGAAGUCCAACUCAAAACUUUGUUUAAGCUAACAUUGAAAUAAAACUGGAACAUUCAACAUGAUACAGAAAUGAAUAGUUAACGAGUUACAUUUACAGUGGUUACCUAACCUUAUCAGACAGGUGAUGCAGUGUUUGAGCUCAGUUUGGUCAUUGAACUGGACUACUUUCUGUGUCCCAGUUUACAAGCCCUGAGCAAGACUUAGAUAAUUGACAGCAGCAUGUCUGCCUCUUCUUCAGUUGGUGGCCACACGCCUCCUUUCAGCUUUUACCUAUCUGGCUGGAGGUCAGUCUCCCUAUCUGGCUGUCUCCCAGCUGAAAAAAUGUGUUAGCAAGAGGCUAAGACACCAUCACUUUUACAGCUCUGUUUGUUUGUUUUUCAAAAACAUCUGUGCUGUACAACUCCCGGCUUAAGGCUGAAAGCAUGUACAGAUCUUUCAGUUGGAUGGAGUUGUAUAUCCAGUAUGACAGAGAAAACCAGAGGAGUAGGAGGAGAGAAAGACAGGACUUUUACUUCUUGUUUCUCCUCCAUUUUUGAUCCUAACAGCUCUCCUUUUCCCCUCUAUCUGGUCUCUGCCUCAUCUCCUUUCUUUUCCUCAGGUACCUCUCAUGACUGGCGACUGCGCUGUGACGCUGUGAACCUCUACUACGCUCUGUUUGGUCUGACUCGGCCAUCCUGCCUGCCCCUGCCUGAACUGGGCCUGGUGCUCAACCUGAAGGAGAAGAAAGCUGUCCUAAACCCCACCAUCAAGCCUGAGCUGGGGGUCGGCGCUGUCAUGGACACCCCCGCCAGUAUAGGCAUCCACGGUGUCGGCAUGAGCUAUGCAGCUGUAAGUGAUACGGUAUCAUUUGUCAGAACCAGCUCCGUGAAGACUGAAAUACAGUAUGUGAAUUUCUGAUUAAAGGUUAUUUUGCCAGGUCAUGUUGGUUAUUCACUCCACUGAGCUUGAGGGUUGAAGACAUCAUCCGCCAUGCAACAACCGCUCAAGUUUCAUUGGUUUCUUAGCUAAUGGAGAUGUAAUCAGGGAGCUUCUUGGUGGUCUUUAUUUCCCUCCGUUUGAAUUUGAUUUAAUAAUGUUGCAUUAAGGUUUUCAGAUAGCACACAAAUAGAAACCGUAUCAUCAAAACUGUGUUAUCUUGGGUUGGAUCUGUGUAAUUGUGGGGAAUAUGGAGCUGCCAGUGGUGCUUGGCUGCACAUCAUUCCCAUUGCAUCACCAUCUGGUCCUGAAUGACUGCAGACAGCGCAGCUCAAGCUCUAAAAGGGUCUCUAUGACGACUGAUUGGAUCAGUGUUAUCUUAGAUACUGAUCAUUCUGAACAUGACUGCUUACUUUUAUUCACAUGAGAACAGGCUGAUUAUUUCCUCAUCAUGACUGGAAUCCAUCAGAUUUAUACUCCAACUUGAUUUAUAAUCCAAUAUCAUUUCAAUAUCAAGGAAAAGCUUAGUGUCUUUUUUGUGUUUACCAGGUAGAGGAAGAGCCAGAUCCUGUUUCAUUAGGUGUUUGUGGGGUAGGACAACCCCCUCAGGGCCUUAAGAGGAAAGCUGAGACCCCACUGGGCUCCCCUCCAGAGCCAGGACAGAUCCUGCAGCAACAAGAUGAUGAAGGACGAGGGGGACGCUACAAGAUCAGGGUAAUGGACUCUUCUGGCAUGACUUUUAACUUCCUUUUAGUAUCUUGGGGGAACAGUGAUCUUGGGGGAACAGUGGGGGUCUCUGAAGCCUCCUUGCAUAUCCACAGGAGUUUUCUGAACUUUCCAGAGCUGGUCUCUCACAUGUUGAAAUCUUUGCUGUCAGAAAAGGGUUUUGGGUAGGAGAUGACACCAACAGCAUGCUGUUGAAAGCACAGCUGACAAAGCUGCAGAGACCUGCUGUGAUGACUGUUUCUGCUAGCCUGGCUGGGCCAUCCUGUUGCGUGAAUCACUUGCCGUUCCUUCCCACAACAGUCUGGACUUCGGCUCAUUGGGAGCGUGUAUUCCCGAUCAGAAAAUAACCGAGACCGUGUUUCCACUGUCAACAGGGGCCGAAGUCUGUUGUGGGAAGGAACGGCAAGUGAUUCACGCAAAGGAUGGCCCAGCCAGGCUAUGUUUCUGCACUUUUAUCAAUGCCAAGCAUAAACUGUUGAUGUGCAAACACCUUUGCAUUUUGGUCUUGAAAGUGAGCACUCACUUCAGUACAGGCUAGGACAUUUAUGCCCUUUUCUCAUCUGAAUCAAAUUAAGCUAUUUCUAUGUAUUUGUACUCAUUCGCUGCAUCCUGGAACGGUGUAACUUUGGCUCUCAGUAUAUGAUUUCACAUCAAGUUGCAGUACUGCAGGAGCAUAACAUGCAUACACACUCAAACACGCACUCACUGUUUCACUUUGCACACACCCACCAUCUUCCCUACUACUCCUUUGUUGCUGCUCCGGAGGGAGGGUCAGAGGUGACCCACAGUUACACCUUCACUGUGUUACACUCUGGAGAGAAGGCAGAAAAUGGUGUCUUAACUGGCAGUCUGUACCAUGCUGUGUCCAUAUUUGAGUGUGUGUGUCUGAGGAGCUCAGGCUUCUACAGCGACCCAACACUAUGCUGCUGCAGAGUUCAGUGUGUCAGUAGAUCUCCUUUGACUUCCUGCUGUUUUUUGUUGGUUGCUGACCUCCUCCUGUCGAGUCUCCUGCUCUCUGCUUUGACUGAUUUAGACUUGGUUUAAUACUGAGCCCUGCUUUGUUGGUUUGUUGUAGUUCAACACAAUGGAAGACGAAGAUAUCGAUAUGGAGACUGUUCAUGACAGUCAGGCCUUCAUUCACCAUCACCUCAAUCUGUUAGAGAGACCAUCCACCCCAGGUGAGUGCAUAUAUGCAGCUUUGUUCUUCAUAUGUUGUUCCUAAAAAUUCUACACACUCACUCAUAUCCUCUUUUUCAUCUAAGGAAAAGAGCCUCCAUCAGUGGAGCAGUCCAUACUCUCCAUGCCUGCCACUCCAGUGCCAUCUUUCUCCAAAGACACCAUCUCCUCUUCCUCGAAACACGGCGGUGAACACAGCCACCACCAUCACCACCACCACCAUGAGCACAAGAAGAAGAAGAAGAAGCACAAGCACAAACAUAAGCACAAGCACAAACACGAGAGCAAGGACAAAGACAGAGACAGGGACAGGGACAACUCACAUGCUUACAGCAACAGCCCCGCCAGCGGGAGGUCUCUGCGCUCGCCAUCCCUGUCGGAUUAA